AUGUUCAUCCAGAACAAACGCGUCUUCUUUGAUCACGACUAUGCAACAGAUGUACAGCAGAGAAGAAAGGAAUACGCCCCAAUAAAAAAGUUGUUGAAAGAGAACCAGAUCCGCUUCCAGACACCGCUAACAAGGAUCCGCAUUCACUUCGACACGGGUUCUGUUACCUGUAAUGAUCCCCACGCAGCGGCCACGGAGCUGGAGAAACGGGGAUUUUCGGUUGGGCCAAUUCGAGCGAAGAAGCCAGCGAACCAUAACGCUGAUACGCUGUCUAAACUUCUACCGUGGCGCACCGUGGGCCUGCGCCGCGCUGUUUUAGACUACCAGGAGAGCAUCAGGGAGAGACUGCAUGGGUUCCAGCGAUCCGAGCAGGAUAAUGAAGAUGUUUAA